AUGGACAUGACAACAAGCAUGGAGGAGGAUGCGACUUCGUUGAGUCCGGAGCCGCCCAUGAAAGGGCCCCGAGGAAAGGCUUCUGGGAAAGCCAAGGGUGUGAACCCGGAGAGCGGCCCAGCUUCUAAGAGACGUUGUCAUGCUUGCUUCUUUCCUUCCCAGCUCGUAUUAUCUGACACUGCUCCAUCUUUCAAGUGCGAUGGAAAACUUCCAAGCUGUGCCGCCUGUUCAUCCGUUUAUAAUACUCCUUGUGUCUACGACCCCAACUCCGAUCAUCGACGAAAGGGUGUGUACAAGAAGGACACAGAUGCUCUCAGAACGAAAAAUUCGACACUACACACCUUGGUUCAGGCGUUGCUGAACUACGAUGAAGAAGACGCAUUUGAUUUGGUUCGGCAAAUUCGCUCCUGUGACAGUUUAGAAGAUGUGGCACAAUCGAUUGAGAGCAGGGAUAAAGCACCUCCAGUUGCUGAGGUUGCGUCUAACGGGGAGGAUCCUGUGUUCCCGGAAGACCAAUUUGUGUCUACUUUGGCCGGGAAGAUGAGCGAACUCAUGCUAGAUGGUUCCCGUAAGUAUAUUGGAGGCACAUCUAACCUUAUUUUCCUCCCUCCAGGAUCAGAGCUCAAUGAGUUUGAUUCGACUUUGAAUAGCCAGGCGUUGGACCUCGGUCAUGAACACCCAGUGAGCCAGUGGACGAGAGUCACUGACGACGAGCAAUUGAUCAACCACCUCAUGACAAUGUAUUUCACAUGGCACUAUCCUUUUUUCACCACGUUUCCCAAGGAUCUUUUCUAUCGGGACUAUGUUCGUGGUGUCUCUAGCCAGUAUUGUUCCUCGCUGCUGGUCAAUGCAAUACUGGCCCUGGGUUGUCAUUUCAGUUCGUGGAAGGGGGCGCGAGAGGAUCCGAAGAACUCCGCAACUGCGGGGGACCAUUUUUUCAAGGAAGCAAAGAGGCUGGUCCUCGAAAAUGACGAACAUGUGAACGCCAAGCUAUGCACAGUUCAAGCGUUGGCACUUCUAUCCGUCCGCGAAGCUGGCUGUGGUCGAGAGGGCAAAGGCUGGGUUUAUAGCGGCAUGAGUUUUCGAAUGGCUUUAGAUCUUGGUUUGAACCUUGAUUCCAGUAGCCUGGGAACGCGAAAACUUGAUGACGAAGAAUUGGACGCUCGUCGAAUCACCUUCUGGGGUUGCUUUAUCUUUGAUAAGUGCUGGUCUAACUACCUUGGACGCCAACCCCAGCUCUUGACUUCCCAGGUCUGUGUGCCCAAGAUUGAUAUCUUACCUAAUGAGGAGGCAGAACUCUGGUCUCCAUAUACGGACUCUGGGCCAAGCCAUGAUGACACACAAGCCUCGCGGAUCAGGGCCGUGGCGUUGCAGAUUGCCAAAGUGUGUGAAAUUAGCGGGGACCUUCUUGUCUUUUUCUAUGAUCCGGCUCCAAGCGACAAGCCAAUGACAAAACAGGCGGAGCUCAAACGGCUGAGUGAGAUCCAUACUAGACUGGAAGCCUGGAAGAAGGGCUUACCCAAGGAGCUGGAACCCCGAGAAAGGCAGCUACCUCAAGUUCUCGUGAUGCACAUGUUCUAUCAACUUCUCUUUAUACACCUAUACCGUCCGUUCCUGAAAUAUACCAAAUCCACUUCUCCCCUUCCGCAGCAUGUCUCGCCCCGCAAAAUAUGCACACAGGCCGCAGGUGCAAUCUCGAAACUACUUCGCAUGUACAAACGCACAUAUGGACUCAAGCAAAUUGUUAAUGUUGCUGUUUAUAUUGCCCAUACCGCUUGCACAAUUCAUCUUCUUAACUUACCGGACAAGAACGCACAGAGAGACAUCAUCCAUGGCCUUCGGAAUCUGGAGGAAAUGGGGGAGAGUUGGCUCUGUGCUCGGCGAACACUUCGCAUUCUCGAUAUAUCUGCCAGCAAAUGGCAAGUCGAACUACCGCAUGAAGCCUUAAGCAUCUUUGAAAGGACACAUGCGAAAUGGGGAUCCUGGGGCUCUUGGGACCAAGCGGGUUCCCCCUCUACAACCGAUGAUGCUUCUCCCAGUGUCUCGACCUCCAUUCCGAACUAUAUACCAUCAUCUACAGGAGGGGCUCCGGUAAAUUUCUCUGGAGACGCCUCUUCUCAAAACCUCACGCCUCCGACAGGGCUACCACGCAAUCAAUACUCCACAGGAUCGUCUUUCCCAACAUCCUUAUCCGCCAUGCGUGCGGCUCAACGCAAUUUCAGUGCACAAAUUCCUCGAAGUGAUGCACCUUUACCAGAACCGACCUAUCUCAGGCCAAUACCUCAUGGUUAUCGACCAAUGCAAGCUGCUCCGCUCGCGCAGCAGGACACUUGGUAUCAGCAAGCUGGUGACGGUCAAGUGCCCAUGCUGAACACAGACAAUAACACCCCUUCUACCACGAAUGCAUCUCCAAUAACCGGGUUCGACGACUCAGAGAACCUAGUGGAAGAAAGCCACGAUUGGUGGUCGCGCAAUACAAACGCAAUCAAUCUGGGAGUGGAAAAUUGGGGACCAGGGUGGCAUCCAGGCGUCGCCGGAACGGGAUCGCAGCUGCGUUACGAGACUACUGCCUCUAACGCUGCGCAGGUACCAGUGUCUGGUGAUACUCCUCGAAUGCCAGAGCCGUAUCGAUACGAACUCAGUGCUUCGCCAAACGCCACGCAGGAGGAUCAGAGUCCGAGUAUCUCGGGGUACAAUGGUAUAGUCAUGCCGGAAACGUUCCAGCAAUAA